AUGUUCCGUAUAGGGAGUGAAACUGGCAAGGAGAAUCGUCAUGUGUGCGUAACAUGCGGGUUUUCAGCCAACAAUCGGAAAGCACUUUACAGGCAUGGCGUGAAGACGAAGCACGUACUAAGACAAUCGAAUUUGUCUGGCUCCCUGGUGUGUGCCCUGUGCCCUUUCCGUACAAACAAGAUGUUCAACUAUAAUCGUCACUUGAAGCGGUUUCAUAAAGAAGCCCUACAAUGCUCACCAUCAGCGGCAUAA